UGGCCAGUCCAACUUAAUGCUCACAAGUGAACAGCAGCAGCACGCAAAUUGUUUAAACAAAAUAGCAGUGAAUAGCGCACGCGUCAUUAGUUAAAACAAGCUCACCGCAUCCAGAAUAAUUUACCUGUGAAAGUGAAAACGCAAACGCAAACGAACGAGCCAAGCAAAACAAAACGCGUGUGUGCAGUAGUAAUCAUAAAAAAAGAGACGCCAGUGCAAGGCCAGAACACAAAAAAAACGACUAACAAAAAAAAAAACAAAUUGCAGCAGCGACAACAGUCAGAAGGAAGGGCACAAAACGGAUUAAGCGAAAGGCAGCAGCAAAGAACAAAAUAAACACACAUACAUUCAAAUCAGAUGACAGAAAUCUUGACCUCUGAAGCCUUUUAUACACAAGUCCGUACUAUGCUCUCGAAGUAUUUGUCCUAAAUUUUGAAUUAUAAUGAAUUCGGCGCGGCAUCAUCGUAUUGGAGUGUUUCUGUCUCCAUAAAUUCGCGCAACGCUCAAAAAAAGCAACAGCUGCAACCUUAACACAAACAAAACCAUACAAAUUAUAAAUUUAUUAAAUUUUCUAGUCAAGCCAAGUAGAAAAAAAUAUAAUAAUAAACAGCUUACAGAAACAGCAACAACAACGAAGCAAACAGAAAAUUUGCCAACUCUUGCAACGGAAACGAAUUAGAAAUUUACAAUUUUGAGCAACGUCUCAAAAGCAGAAGAACAUAAGCUACAGAACCGCCACCAACUACAAGAGAAUUUCCAACCGGAAAGCUGGCUAAGAAAAUGCCCUACCAUCAUCGUGGAGAUGCAUCGGCUCAGGCCGACAAGCUGAGCGGCAUUGUCGAGGAGAGCGAUUUGUAUGAGGGUUUUGCGCCACACGUGGAGACAUCCGAAAUCAAAUCGCUUGAUAUUUACAAUGUACCAAAGCAAACUGGCAAAGAGCCCGCCUUACGCUCAUUCACCGAAAUACAACAACAACUGCAGCAGGGCAAGAAACGCGAGGUGAAGAACAUACUCAGAGAGAAUUCGUGGCCGAUCAACUCGCCAAUACGGUCACAAUUAUGGCCACUGCUAUGUGGACAGCAUCUGACCAAGCAGAACACGCUGGAUGGUUUCUACUGGGAGAUGGUCCAUCAGGUCUUCGGCACCACAGAGUUGUCCGAGAAGCCCAUCAUGUUGCCGGCCUUCGUUGAUGCCACACACUGUUUGCCCUACCACUUGACCAGCACGGGUCGUGCGGUGGCCGAUCGCAUUGUGAAUGUCUUGGGCUAUGACUGCCCCGAUAUAACCUACAGUCCAGUAUUGUACCCAAUUACAUCGAUACUAUUGCAUUUCAUGUCGGAGGAGGAAGCUUACAUUUGCCUUGCCGGCCUGGUUGGCAGCAAAGAGAAGGUUUUCAUCAAUCAAACCAAACUAUUGCACGAGGUCACUUGGAAGACAGUCAUGCAGAUAGCCAAAAAGCACACGAAGAGUGCCAUUUCGUAUUUCCAACGCAUAUGCCCGGGUCUGAAGCUGGAGCGCGUCUUCAUGGACUGGUGCUGGUGGAUAUUAGCUGGUCUACCCUUUCAGCAUCUGGUGCGGAUCAUGGAUUGUUACUUUCACGAGGGCAUCAAGGUGCUCUACCGUGUGGCGCUCGUCAUACUCAAUCUCUUCCACAAGGAAUGCCAGUCGAACAACGAAUGGAGUCCGGAUAAUAUUAAAAAUGAUAUUGGCAAUGCGAUGAUUAAGUUCUGCAAGAAGAUACCAGUGUCGCCGGCGAAGCUGCUCCAUGCCGCUUUUAGUAUUAGGGGACUCAGUUCCCAGUAUAUUUCUAGAAUAUUUGUCAAGACUGAAAUGCUACUAAAAAGCCGUUCCGUGCUCAAUAGCGGUUCGAAGCAACUAAUCAAAUCGCGUUCAAGUGAUAAUCUGCCCACUAGUCAGUCGCAGGUCAACAUUCAAAUGAUGUCACACACAUUGACCAUCCGUGAGAAGAUGCACUCCGAGAGCUGUCGCAAUUUGGGCGAAAAAUCGCCCGGUCAUAGAGCUAUCGCCAUGGGCGUCUAUCCCAUACACAAUUUGAAAAGUCAAGUGUGUACCAACGAAGAUUUGUUCACGCUGUGGUCGUGGCUACCCGUGCGCAUAACAAUGUACCAACCGGUACUGCUUUACACUACUGAGGAGCACGGCUGCUCACUGACAACAUUCUACGUGCGCGUGGAGCAGCAUGAGCCCACACUCCUCAUGAUCAAGACGUGCAAUAAUGAGGUUUUUGGCGCCUACUGCUCCUCGCGCUGGUUUGAACGCAACGUCAAGGACGACAGAGGCCAGCGACAGGCCUACUUUGGCACUGGCGAGACCUUCCUCUUCUCCCUCUAUCCCGAACGCGCCAAAUACCCCUGGGUGGGCAUUGAGAAUGACAAAGACUUGGGUCACUCGUCCGAAUUGUUUAUGGCAGCGGAUUCCAAAAUGAUAACAAUUGGCGGCGGUGAGGGCCAAGCUAUUUGGAUGGAUGAGAACAUACGGUUUGGCAAGACAGACAGCUGUAAGACCUUCAACAAUCCGCCGCUGUGUCCAUCCGGAGAUUUUGAGAUACGUGUGCUCGAGGUUUAUGGCUUUGUGGGCAUCUAAGCUUGACGUCGCUGCUGACCAACAGAAAUUGCCCGCCGAUGUUUAAGUGCUCAGCCUACACUGCUCUCAAGGCCACACACACACACACACACUGAUACACAGUCAGACACUCAGAUACAGAUACUAACACAAGAGAUACUAACAAGCCCGCUUACGUUUGAAAGAAAAUCAAUCUAGUUGCCAAGCUUUGAUGACAAAUCAAACGUGAGUGAACAUUUAUAAAGAUCUAUUUAUAAAUCGAAAUUGAAAUGGCAUGAGAUGAGAUGAGAACGAGAAUGAAAGCAAAGCGAAGCAAAAAGGAAUAUAAUAAAGAAAUAACAAACAACAAACAAAUUAUAUAAUAUACUUAUAAUGAAAAUACUCUGUGAGUUAAUGUUUUAAAACGCAAAGCUUUGGAAUUCUAUACAAUAGUUGUUAUCAAGUAUAAAUAUAUAUAUUAUAUAAAUAAUAAUCUUAAUAUUAUGAAUGUGUAUAUCUAAAUGUAAAUUUAUGUUAAAGUUCUGAAAGCAGGCACCAAUCAAAUAUUAUUCCUUAAAACCAUUUUUGCAUAAAAAACAAAAGAACUCAAAAGGGAGGAAAUCGAAAUGGGAAAAUCGUGGCAGCGACUGCUUUCUUUUCUUUCAUUUGUACAUUUGUUUCUCCUCUUCGCUAUCAUAAUAUUAUUUUGUGGAAACCAAAUUUACUGACUUGACUGAAUUCGUUAUUAUAAUGUUAUUAAUAUUAAAUUAUACUAUUAUUAUUAUUACUACGUGCAUAAAUUUUAUUUUGUAAAUGCAUUAUACAUACUACGUCUAUUUAUCUUAGUUGCGAAACGAACAUGAUUCAAGAAAUUUGUAUUUAGUUUAGCUUUAAUGUCGCCACUAAAUGAACAUUAUGAGAAAUGAAAAUUAUGAAAUACAUGCAACAAUUUGUUAAAAAUUACAAGCCGUACUCCUUAUACUCCUUAUAUACAAACAUAUAUCCACAUACAUAUAUGCAUAUAAAUAUGUAGAUCCAUAGAUUGAAUAAUCAGCAAUAACUAAAUGGGUUUAACUUUUCAAACAUUACAAUACAAACCACUUACAAUAGUAUUAGAGAACAAAAACAGUUAGUAAUGUAUAAGGUGUGGAUGGAUCUAGACUCUAGACUCUAUCCAUGCCCUAUAAACAAGGCGCCUGAGUGUGCACGCACUUGAAGUUUUUAUUUACCCGUAACUUCUUAGGCACUCGGAAACACACACAAACGAAUUGAAAUUGAUCUCAUUGAUGCCCUUUCGAAUGCUAAUCGUAUUAGAACCCAUAUUCCAUUCUAUACUUGUAUAUUAACAGCGUAAAGUUCAUGAAAUUUGCGGGCAAAAACUUUGGACAAUUCAAUCCCUUACUUCUGCACAAUUUUCUAGUCAGCAAUGCUAUGUGUGUUUGGUGUCUAUCCAGAAUUCCGAAGCUCGACUUUUCCGAGCACAACUAUUUCAUAUUACCCCUUUGAACGUAUUGAGAGCUUCAACUGAUUGCCCGCUCAGUCUGCCACUGCAGUUUGCACUACGAAAGUGAAUUGUUAAUAAAACUUACCAACUACCAGUUACAAGAAAACAAAUAAUUAAACACACACAACGAAGUGAAAAAUGUUAGCAAAUUGGCUGAAAGUUGUUGCUGCUGCAUUUCUCAGAAAGUAAAUUCCCUUGCACUGCUCAAUAAAAUUUCGGAGCUGGUACUCCACAGAGGUCUCCAAACCAAACCCAAAUUAACUGGCAGCUGCAACUUGUGGCCAAAUAUUUGUAGAGCAACAACAACAAAUUAGUUUUACGGCUUAAGCAAACGCUCUGUGUUGUCGUUAAUUGAUGAAUAUUUAACCAACUUAUUAGAACUAAACAAAAAAAUAGAACAUAGGAAGCAGGAAGAGUUCAAAUAUUGCUGCUGCAAGACAAGUUGUUACUCAUUUAGAAUACCUAAGAAAUUGUUUCUACUUUCUUAUAUUAUUAUGUAUUAUUAAUAAUAUUUGUAUUAUCUACUUAGUUGACUAUUCUUAAAGAAUUGUUAAUGGCCUGUUUGUUUGUUAUGACCACGACAUAUAUACAUAUACCAUCUUUGAAGAGUAUUGGCAAAUAUGUUUCAAAAACUUUGUAAAAUAUUUGUUAGUUAAGUUUCUCAGCCCCUGCGCUCUUGUUUUUCAUUAUACUACAUUGUUCGUUAUUGUGUAGGUUUCUCAACAGCUAACUAUUAUUCUGUAAUCAACAACAACCAAUCAUUUAUUUUGUUAUUGACAACUGAAAUUAUUAUAUUUAUGAAUAAAUGUGUUUGUGUAAAUGUUUGCUUCUCCAUAGAUGUGUCGCCUUUUUGCCGACACACCCUAACUGCUUAACUGAUAAAGAGCAUUACAUCUAAAAUAAUACAUACGAGUAUAAACUAUCAUAUAUGGAAAGAAAGAAUAUAGUAGACGAUGAAAGCUUACAAUAAAAAGCAUAUAUGCGUACAUUACAUUUAAUUCAACAAA